AAGUUGAGUAUUACUAAUUUUCCCUUUUUCGGGAAAUUAUGUCUUAUUACUGAUUUUCUAUUUUGUGUAAAGAAUUUUCUUCGCUGCCAAACAGAGCAGCAGCAAGAACACAGAGAUGGCACUGUUCUUAUCUAUAGCAACUUCACCUUCAACAAUGACUGGUCGGACCCUGAAGCUUUUUAACAACGGCAUCAUUGGAGCAAAGGCUUCAUCUAAUAUGCCUCUGUUUUUAGGUCCGAGUAAGAAAAACAGCACCCAACACAGCAAAAAAAAUACUUACAUUUCUCUAUCAGUAGAGGGUCGUCAAUCAGCUGUACAUUCAAUACAAAAAGAUCACGGAAAAACCCUAAGAAAAGGGGAGGGAAGAUUAAUCUUGAGUGAAGGAAGAGAUGACGAUGAGAGCUAUGGGCCUAUUUGCCCUGGCUGUGGAGUUUUUAUGCAAGAUAAGGACCCAAACCUUCCUGGGUACUAUAAAGAAAGGAAGGCAGUGGAAGUGUCGGAGAGUGAGGAUGGUAUUGAAAGUUCAUUGAUUGAUGAUUUUGAAGAAUUUGAUGAAGAAGGGGAGGAUUUUGUAGGUAGAAUUGAGGGCAAAUAUAAGGAAAAUAUUGGGGAGGAAAGUAAUAUCGAAAAUGAAGAUGAAAUUGGCUGGGACUCGGAAGAAUGGGAAUCGGAGUUUGAAGACGAAGAUGACGAUUUGAAGGAGUUGGAUGGGUUUACUCCGGCCGGUGUUGGUUAUGGUAACAUUACCGAGGAGACUGUAGAUAAGGGAAAGAGGAAGAGGGUGUCAAAAGCUGAGAGGAAGAGGAUGGCUAGGGAGGCUCACAAAGAGAAAGAAGAGGUUACUGUUUGUGCCCGGUGUCAUUCAUUGAGGAAUUACGGGCAGGUGAAGAAUCAUACAGCUGAGAACUUAAUACCUGAUUUUGAUUUCGAUAGAUUGAUUGCAACCCGGUUGAUGAAGCCCACUGGGAAUGCUGAUGCUACUGUUGUGGUGAUGGUUGUUGAUUGCGUUGAUUUUGAUGGAUCAUUUCCAAAACGGGCUGUUAAGUCUUUGUUCAAGGCAUUGGAAGGAAGCAAAGAUGGCUCAAAGCUUAGUAAGAAGUUGCCCAAGCUUGUUCUUGUGGCUACAAAAGUUGAUCUCCUUCCAUCUCAAGUCUCCCCCACUAGGUUAGAUAGAUGGGUAAGACACCGUGCUAAGGCUGGAGGGGCACCUAAGUUAAGUGGGGUUUAUUUGGUUAGUUCCCGUAAGGAUUUGGGUGUGAGGAAUUUGUUGUCAUUCAUUAAGGGGUUGGCUGGACCUCGAGGGAAUGUGUGGGUUAUUGGGGCUCAGAAUGCGGGCAAGUCUACAUUAAUCAAUGCAUUUUCUAAAAAAGAAGGUGCAAAAAUUACAAAGCUAACAGAGGCUGCAGUCCCUGGGACAACCCUUGGGAUUUUGAGAAUUGGAGGAAUCUUGUCGGCAAAGGCAAAGAUGUAUGACACUCCAGGUCUCCUGCAUCCUUAUCUAAUUUCCAUGAGAUUAAAUAGGGAUGAACAGAAAAUGAUUGAGAUACGGAAGGAGUUGCGACCUCGAACUUACAGGAUUAAGCAAGGGCAGGCUGUUCAUGUUGGUGGUUUGAUGAGACUAGACCUUAAUCAUGCUUCUGUCGAAACAAUUUAUGUCACAAUUUGGGCAUCACUAAAUGUUUCUCUACAUCUGGGGAAGAUUGAAAAUGCUGAUGAGAUUUGGAGCAAGCAUGCUGGUGCUAGGUUACAGCCUCCCAUCAGUGCAGACCGAGUUUCUGAAAUGGGCAAAUGGGAAGAGAAGAAAAUCAAAGUGUCUGGAACAAGCUGGGAUGUGAACAGCAUUGACAUUGCAGCAGCUGGCUUAGGUUGGAUUUCUGUGGGUCUCAAAGGUGAGGCAACCCUGGCAUUAUGGACAUAUGAUGGCAUUGAGAUAACUUUGCGAGAACCUUUGGUUCUUGAUCGGGCACCAGUUCUUGAGAGACCUGGAUUUUGGCUACCACAGGCUAUAUCAGAUGCCAUUGGCAGCCAAAGUAAGCUUGAAGCACAAAGAAGAGAAAAGCUUGAAGAGGAGAGUAUGAUACCCCUUUAGGAAGUAUCUGCUUAAAAAGAAAAGAAGAUGAUGAUCCAUUUGUCCCUCCUUUUGUCACCAAUAUGAUUGAGCUUGAAGCUGGAAGUAGCAGAGUAGUGAACAGAAAAUUGAUCUUGAAGAAAUUUCCAGGGGCAAAAAAAAAGGGAAGAAGAAGAAUCAUCUUAAAGGGGUUUAUCCGAAGGAAAGGCGAUCAGUUUCUAAGGCCAACUUUUGUGGCAGGUCUUUUACCUUUAUGUGUGCGUUUUCUAAUGAGAUAAUUUGAAUGUAUACAUCUCAGUUUCCAGAAAAUUUAAUGCCUAAAAAAAAUUGAAAAGAAAAAGAACUCACAACUUCUCACGAGGGAGAAUUGUAAAAUUGAGUUUUAACCAGUAUCAUUUCUCCUGUGCUUCUUACAUAGUACUUGAAUUUUUUUGUAUUA